AUGGCACCCGCUAGACCUCCCAAAGCCAAGCCAGAAAAUCCUAUUGAUGCUGCUGUGGCGGCCUGGCUCUUGGAUUUGCCUGCCGACUUGACAGACACCCAAACGAAAAAUGUCGACUCGAUUGUCUCCGUUGUGCCGAAAAGAUGGAUCGUAUAUUCUCCAAUGGUUCUUCUUCCGGCAGGAAAUCCCAAGCUCAAGUGGUGGGAGAUUGCAGAAUCAUCAGACGCAACGAUGAAGGCCGAGCGAGACCGUCUUUGGAGGCUUAUACUGAAUGCGAUUGGUAAAAGAGAGGGCAAAGGUGUUCUAACUCACCUAGCGGUCAAUUCUGGCAUUCCACUUCACAACCCACUUAAUGUUGGUGGAGACUAUUCUGAAAGUGAGAACAUCCUCCGAACUCCAGAUGGUCUGGUCAUGCUGUAUGGUGACUUUGGCCCUUCACUUUCUCCAAGUCAAGCACCAACCAGCAAGGACUUCGAAGAUGCUUUCUGGGUCAGCACCAAGCAAAAUGGGAUUACACAGAUCUGGGCGCCUCGGUACACUAUGUUUAGUCGUGGAAACGUAAAGGAAAAGGCUCGAAUUCUCGACUUUCCUCGUUCGUCACAAGAAUUUACCUCCAGAACAUUAAGUCAAGAACUUCUGUCAAAGAACAUAGCCGUUGAUCUCUAUGCCGGUAUUGGAUAUUUUGUAUUCAGCUACAUAAAACUGGGCUUGAAGAAAGUCAUUGGAUGGGAGCUUAAUCCAUGGUCUAUUGAAGGGUUGAGACGAGGUGCUCUCGCCAAUGGAUGGACCGUCAAAAUCGUUCGCCAGAGUGAAAAGCUUGAGCUGGGACAUGAGAAUAUCAUUGUUGUAGCUGAAGACAAUAGAUUUGCCUUGCAGAGGCUUCAAGGAUUAGAGUCAAGUUUUUUGAAGGGGAUCAGGCACAUCAAUUGCGGACUAUUGCCAACAAGUGAUAUGAGUUGGACGAUGGCAUCCGAAAUGAUUGACGACGGAUGGUUGCAUCUCCAUGAGAACGUUAGCGUCGAAGAUGUGCAAACCAGGGCAAGUGAGAUAGAAAAGAUGUUUCGAGGCUGGUUGUCGGAAAGACGCGAUGCAAGAAGUGCAGACGUCGAACAUAUUGAACUCGUAAAGACGUUCGCGCCAGGGGUAUGGCAUUGCGUCUUCGAUGUCCAUGUCACAGCAUAUUCCAAAAUGGCUAAGCAAGAACUGCAAUGA